CUGCAUCAGGUCUUUCAAAGGAUCUGUUACUUCUGAUCGUUGCUUGAUUUUCCAAAAAUUGGUCUCCAUUGCAGAAGGAAUAAAAUAUAGAGAAAUAGAAUGAAACACGGCUGGUGUUUGGAAGAGAAGAGGAAAAAAGAUGAUAUAUAUAUAUAUUGGUUCACGGAGGAGAAACUUGGUCAGGCCGAGAAGACAGAAUUAGACGCGCAUUUUGAGAACCUCCUGGCCCGAGCAGAGACCACCAAAAAUUGGACGGAGAAGAUUUUGCGGCAGACGGAGGUCCUGCUUCAACCGAAUCCCAGUGAGCGUUUCUUAGCACCCGCAGGUGCCCGAGUGGAAGAGUUCCUCUAUGAGAAGCUGGACCGGAAGGUCCCGUCUAGGGUCACCAAUGUGGAGCUUCUGGCUCAGUACAUGAUGGAAGCAGCCAGCGAUUUCGGGACCACCUCUCCGUACGGCAAAACUCUCAUCAAAGUUGGCGAAACCGAACGGCGUCUGGGAGGAGCCGAGCGGGAUUUCAUUCAUGGCGCUUCCAUCAAUUUCCUGACUCCUCUGCGCAACUUCCUGGAAGGAGACUGGAGAACUAUUUCGAAAGAGAGACGAAUCCUGCAAAACCGUCGGCUGGACCUGGACGCUUGCAAAGCUCGGCUGAAGAAAGCGAAGGCCGCGGAAGCGAAAGCCGCGGCGGUGCCUGACUUUCAAGAGACUAGACCGCGUAAUUACAUUCUCUCCGCCAGUGCAGCCGCGCUUUGGAAUGACGAGGUGGAAAAAGCGGAGCACGAGCUUCGGCAGGCCCAGACCGAAUUUGACCGACAGGCAGAAGUAACUCGUCUUCUCUUGGAAGGAAUCAGUAGCACGCAUGUCAACCACCUCCGAUGUCUUCACGAGUUUGCAGAAGCUCAGACCACCUACUUCGCCCAAUGCUACCAAUACAUGUUGGAUCUCCAGAAGCAGCUGAACAGCUCCAGAGGAGAAAUGUUGCCGGGGACCUUUGUGGGCAACGCAGAGUCCACAUCGCCCCCGCCCAGCGCGCCUUCCCCAACGGCCAUGGUUGGUGCCACGGGGCCCGCCGUGCCUACCCUCCCGGUGGUGCCCACGAUUGCCGGAGCGCCCAAUUCGGCUCCGGUGGUUGAAGCACUGAACUCCAGCGAGGUGAACCCUCCCAGCAGCGGCACUCGGAAAGCCCGGGUGUUGUAUGACUACGAUGGAGCCGACAGCAGCGAGCUCUCCCUACUCUCGGAUGAGAUGAUCACUGUGUACAGUCUCCCAGGGAUGGACCCCGACUGGCUGAUUGGAGAGCGGGGGAACAAGAAAGGCAAAGUCCCAGUCACCUACUUAGAACUGCUGAGUUAAGCGCGCCUGGCAAGGACUCUUCAAGCAAAUCCCCUCUUUCUUUUUCUUCUUCUUCUUUUUGGAAAGGCUGAUUCAUCCCUCGCUCCCACUAUUUAUUAUUAUUAUUAUUGUUAUUACUUGGGGGUUUUGGGGGUGUGUGUGGAUUAAGGCCCCAAAGGGAUGGUGGUGAAUCGUUUCCAUUCUCCAGGGUUUCGGGCUGACUCCCCUCCAAUUAUCCCACUUGGCUUUGAGAGUCGUUGAGAGCUGCUGGGAAGACACCCCCAGCCCGUUGGGGAUAAUGGUGGGUCAUGAGGACUAGCCACUUUAAGAGACCCUUCCUUCCCAUCUUAAUUUUUCCUUCCUUCUCCUCCCAUCUUCCCUCUCUCCUUCCUUCCCUUUCUCCUCCUUC